UCUUGUAUUUUUUUCCCACUCAUUAUCUUUCUCUCUCUUCGAAAUUCCCAAAAGCAGACAACGCAACACCUAAAUCGGAUCCGAACCCUCCUAACCCUAGACGCAGAGUUUAUACUCUUCGGUUUCCAUUUCUAUGGCCAUUCCCUUUUCUUUUAUUUCUCUCCCGAAAAGACUGGUUCCGGAAUUUUGAUUUUGAUUUUUAGGGUUAGGGUUUUAUGUUUUUCCGAGGGGUGGAUAUAGGAUUAGGGUUCAACUUUUAUGGAUUUUGAAGGGCUUGGCGGUACGGAUGCUUGUGGUGGUCGUCGGUGAUGACCGGAGCCCUAUACCACCGGCAGAAGAAGAAGAUGAUGGGUAGGGGUGCGGACAGAGGUUGCGGCACCGAGGAGAAGCCUUGCCGCCCCAUUUCUAGGGUUUCUAGUCGGAGUCCGUUGACCCAGCCCGAGACUUCCGGGAAGCAAUAUGAUAUUGGUGUUGAUUUCUUUUCUCAGGCACGGAAAGCCCUUAGCCAACGUUCACCUUUUGAUAUUCCUGAAGGUGGUUCUGUUGCCGUGUUGAGCGUGCCAACGCUGCCCAGUGGAUUGGUUAGUUUAUUGAAGCAGACUGAUAGUAGGAAGAGACAUAAAAAGUCGCAUUCAGGAGCAGAUAAGAAGUCAUCAAAGCAGGGGAAAAAGGCGCGGGAAGCCAGUAUUUGGGUUGAAACGGAAGAAUAUUUUAGGGACCUCACAUUGCCGGAUAUCGAUGCUUUGUCUGAUAUUACCCCAUUUAGGUCUUUAGCAGCUAGGAAGAAGUGUUUUAUGAUUCCUUAUGUUGGAAAUGAGCCAGCUGCGAAUUUGAAUUUGGAUACUGAAGUGGACGACAAGGUAAGCGUGAUUAGUGGAGAGAAUUUUAAUAUUAGGAAUGAGCACGGCAAUAUUUGUGAAGGGAAGGAGGUCUUCAGGGUUGAGGAUGGGCAAUUAAUGGAAAUUGAUAGCCGGGCAACGCAAGCUCAGUUUUCACUGAAGGAACCAGAGUUGUGUUUUGCUCCAGAUUCAACUAGUAGUUUAGAGUUGCUUUUAGGUUCUAGGAGUAGGGUAUUGUUAACUUCAGAGCGACCUUCGAAGAAGCGGAAGCUUGUUGGAGAGGAUGCUGGGCUGGAGAAAAUAUUAAUCGCAUGUCCAUGUGAUGUGAAUUCAUCUUUAUGUAAUUUUUGUUGCACAGGUGAUACCGGAAAAGAAUCAAACAGAUUAAUUGUUUGUAGUUCUUGCAAGGUUUCUGUUCAUCAAAAGUGCUAUGGGGUGCAAAAUAAUGUAGAUAGUUCUUGGCUCUGUUCUUGGUGUAAGCAGGGAAAUGAUGGCAGUGGUACGGUGAAACCUUGUGUUCUUUGUCCGAAGCAGGGUGGUGCAUUAAAGCCUAUUCAAAAGAAUGAUGGAAAUGAUGCCUCUGUGGAGUUUGCUCACUUGUUUUGUUCACAAUGGAUGCCUGAGGUUUAUAUAGAAGACUUGAAAAAGAUGGAACCAAUUAUUAAUGUGGGAGGAAUAAACGACACUAGAAAGAAAUUAGUUUGUAAUGUAUGCAAGGUGAAGUUCGGUGCAUGUGUUCGGUGCAGUCAUGGAACUUGCAGAACCUCAUUCCAUCCUAUAUGUGCAAGAGAAGCCAGGCAUAGGAUGGAAGUUUGGGGAAGAUAUGGGUGUGAUAAUAUCGAAUUACGGGUGUUUUGCUCUAAGCAUUCGGAAAUCCAUGAUAACAGCAAUUCCCCUCCACUUGGAAAUCUUUUUGCUUCUGGCACCCACUCUUCUAUCACCAACCCACUUCAUCUGCAAUCUAUGGACAAAUCUCAAAAUUCAAAAGUUAGCCUAAGCAAUGGAGAUAAAAUUGCAGUGGACAUAGAAGCUCCUGGUACCAGAUCAAGUUCCCAAGCUGCAUCAGAAUGUGGUGAGACACAGCAGCUGGGUGAUGUGGGGUUGUUGGGGAAGAGCAAUGAUGACGAACAUAACCCAUGUAACUCCCUUAAUUUUGCAAUGAUUUUGAAGAAGCUAAUUGACCGAGGGAAAGUCAAUGUAAAAGAUGUAGCAUUGGAGAUUGGACUCUCGGCUGAUUCUUUGAGUGCUUCAUUAAAUAAUGAUAGCUUGUCACCUGACCUGCGAUGCAAAAUAGUGAAAUGGCUUAGUAAUCAUGCAUAUAUUGUCUCUUCCCAGAAAAAUUUAAAAGUUAAUAUGAAAUCUUUGAUUUCAUCGAAGGAUGAGAUUGAAGCAACAUAUAUUUCUGAUGAUAUAAUGGUAUCCAAGUCUGACAUAGCAGAUCUUGCUGCUGUUAAGCCUAUGCCUCCUCGAAGAACCAAGAACAAUGUAAAAAAUUUGAGGGAUAACAAAGUAAUAUGCUCUGAUGAAAUUAUUGAUGAUAUUGGGGUAGUGAUGGAUGAAGUUAGUUGCGAUCUGCUUGCUAAGGAAGAAACAAAUGAUUCAAGUAAAGUAUCCAUUCUUGGUACCACUGGAAAGAAUUCAGUCAACCCUUAUGGUUACAAGGACCCUUUGGAGAGUCAUUUUCACAAAUUGGAAGGGAUUUCAACUGAUCUCUUAAAUGACAGCCUUUAUGGAAGGAGUCAAUCAGAGAGGGCAACGACUCCUGAGAAGAAACAAGAUCAAGGAAAUGCCAUUUGUCCAAUGAUUAAUCCAGUUAUUGCCGAUCUCAUAAGAACUGAAGAAUUUUCUAAUUUUUACAUUCACCCCUAUACAAGGAAGCAAAUGCUGGAGAUGCACCAUGGGAUGCUUUGUAAGAAUAGAGUGGGUGAGCUUAAUGGCAAAAAGGACACCUUAAAGGAGUUCGAUGGUGCAAGUAAGAGAGAUCUCUCUUGCCUGGUAGCAUCUUCAAAUGCUAGUGUUUGCUGCAGUCACCAAAUUGAUCAUUCAAAGUGCAAUGAAAAGAGUUGUCAAUCUGAUGAUUUAGUGCUGUCAGUUAAGGCCGGCAAAUUGGGAGCUAUCAAAUUUUCUCCCGAGGAUGAGGUAGAAGGGGAAAUUAUAUAUUAUCAGCAUAGAUUACUGGGCAGUGCAGUUGCAAGAAACCAUGCUACUGAUAAUUUAGUUUCUAGGGUUGCUAAAAGUCUACCACAGGAGGUCGAAACAGCAAGGACAAAGAUAUGGGAUAUUGUGCUUGUUAAUCAAUAUCUUUAUGAGCUAAGAGAAGCAAAGAAGCAGGGCCGCAAAGAGAGAAGACAUAAGGAGGCACAGGCAGUGUUGGCCGCUGAUACUGCUGCUGUAGCUGCUUCCUCCAGGAUUUCAUCAUCAAGAAAAGAUGGCUUGGAAGAUUCUAGUCAUCAAGAGAAUGUGUUGAAGCCGAAUGCUUCUGUUGGAAGAUCUGGCAUUAACUCUCAGACAAGUGCAAAAGAUGCACUUUCUAGGAAUGCUGUCCCAAGGAUUUCGUCUGAAAAGUACUCUGAUAGUGCUCAAUCAGUGACAGAUUUUUCUAAAGGACAUCCUAGGUCGUGUGACAUAUGCAGACGAUCUGAGACAAUGCUAAAUCCUAUUUUAGUCUGUUCUGGGUGCAAGGUUGCAGUUCACUUGGAUUGCUAUCGCAAUGUUAAAGAAUCUACAGGUCGUUGGCGCUGUGAACUAUGUGAAGAAUUGUUUUCAUUUAGACCCUCUGGAGCUCCAUCUCUAAACUUUUGGGAGAAACCUUAUCCUGCUGUUGAAUGUGGCUUAUGUGGUGGUACAACUGGUGCUUUUAGGAAAUCUGUGGAUGGCCAGUGGGUACAUGCUUUCUGUGCUGAGUGGGUUCUUGAAUCAACAUUCAGAAGGGGACAAGUUAAUCCUGUCGAAGGAAUGGAGAUGGCUUCAAGAGGAGUUGACGUUUGUUGUAUAUGCGGUUGCAAGCAUGGUGCGUGCAUUAAGUGUAGAUAUGGUCACUGUCAGAUCACUUUCCAUCCCUCCUGUGCUAGAAGUGCUGGCUUCUGUAUGAAUGUGAAUCUUGGUGGUGGCAAAUUGCAUCACAAAGCUUAUUGCGAACAGCACAGUGUAGAACAGAGAGCAAAGGCUGAAACACAAAAACAUGGAAUCGAGGAGCUGAAAAACAUGAAGCAAAUUCGGGUUGAAUUGGAGAGAUUACGCCUUUUAUGUGAAAGAAUCAUCAAACGUGAAAAAUUGAAGCGGGAGUUGGUUCUUUGCUCACAUGAAAUACUUGCUUGUAAAAGAGAGCAUGCCAGUCGUUCAGUGCUUAUUCAUAGUCCUUUUUCUCAUCCGGAUGUUAGCUCAGAAUCUGCAACAACUUCUCUCAAGGGCCAUACAGAUGAUAACAAAUCAUGCAGCGAAGCAAUGCGAUCAGAUGAUGUAACUGUCGAUAGUACUCUUUCAGUGAAGCGCCUAGUGAAGGUUGUUCCUGUGCCUAUGGACAAUAAUCGAAGGACCGAUGACAGCUCCACUUCCCUAAGCCUUUUUGUUCGGAAGCCAACAGAGAGGGUGCCAUUUUCUGGGAGGCAAAUCCCUCAUAGAUAUUCUCUUGCAUCUCGUAAUGCUUUGGUAAAUGCAGAAUGGAACUCAAAAUCCAGGAAGCCUAUUGAAACAUUUGAAAAGGAGCUGGUAAUGACAUCGGAUGAAGCAUCUAUGAAGAAUUCGCGGUUACCGAAAGGAUAUUGUUAUGUUCCUGUCGACUGUCUUCCCAAGGAGAAACAGCUCCCACAGGAUGCUUGUUCUGAUGGACAAUUGGAGCACAAUGGUUAGGCUUUGUCAAUACAUUGAGGUGUUUCACUUGCCUUAUGAAAGGUGAUGGCCAUCUAUGCCUUGAUACUGUUUUCUGUGCGGAACCUGAGGUAUAUAUUUAAGAAGGCAGUUGAGUGGUGAGAUGUUGAUUGGUUGAUGUUAUAUGAGGAGAGGCGCAUCAUGCAUCAAGUUACUCGAGAUGGGGAAGUUUUGGCAUAUCAUUUGUUGUAUAUCUCAGAGUAAUUGUACAGUGGGUGAGAAUUUCAUUCCAUCAUGUUUUGCCAGUGAGGGAUUGGGUACAAAGAAAUGAAGAUUCACUUAUUGAUAAAAAAAUGGCCCAACUGUGCGUGCUGAGUCUGAUGUAUAGUGUAUUAGUGUAGUUGUUGUAAAUGUUUUUAACAUUAACCUGCAAAAGAAAUGUUGCUCAACCAGAGAUUUUGAUGCA